AUGAGAAAGCAGUGCCGCACCAUGGCAUCUCUUACGGCUAAGCAAACGUCAGAGAUCGGCACAACCACCAAGCCAGACGGUAGCAAUCAUCUCCUCGAGGCACUCACGCUGUGCCAUUCCAUUCUGGGUCGCUACAGGCGCUGCGGGGUGCAGCUCAGCGACACAGAGGCUUCCGCCUUCGCCAAUUUACGAAACCAUUUCUCUAGCAUAAGUGGCGGCGCGGCAGACGCUGCAGGUGCGGUGCGCGCCACCCAAAAUGCAUCGCAUCAUCGAGAACUACAAGAGUACGCUCAGCUGUCGCAGCGCUGCCUGACUCUCCAGCACCCCCUCUCCCACAUAAUCUCAACCAUCAAUGACGAAUUCUCCAAAAUUGUGGGCUUUCCCGUGCGCACCCACUACGUAAACAUAAACGACGCAGUGCUGUGCGACCCGGUGCACGACACCGUCGCCACCAUGGACGCGUCCGCGCCCAUCGGCAGGUGUGCGCAGACGAAGAAGACCGUGACCCUCUUCAACACUGCCUAUAUUCCCCUAUGCUACAACAACCGCAUCGUCGGCUGCAUGGAGGUGGAGGGUAGCGUAAUGGACACAACAACGCCGCAAUUUGGAUACGCACUUCAGGUAGCGGCGCUGACGAUACACAACGCCAUCUCCAUUGAUCAGCUGCGAUGGGAAACGCGGAAGGCGGAGGCCAUGGUAAACAUGGCGACACGGCUUGCGCGCGACACGCUGGAGGAGUCGGUGCUGGUGCAGUCCAUCAUCAACACGGCGAAGACGCUGACGGAGAGCGACCGGUGCAGCAUUUUCCUGGUGAAGGCGGACGGCAGUCUGAAGGCGCACUUUGAGGACGGCAACGUUGUGGUGGUGCCUGCUGGGACAGGCAUCGCAGGCUACGUUGCGGAGUCGGGUGCUGUGGUGAACAUCCCGAACGCGUACGAGGACGAGCGGUUCAACCGGUCUGUGGACAAGGUGACUGGCUACCAUACACGCACGAUUCUGUGCCUGCCGAUCGCGUUCGAGGGCACGAUCGUUGCCGUUGCUCAGCUGAUCAACAAGCUGGACAUGGUGACAGAGAGCGGGCAGCGGCUGCCACGGGUGUUUGGACAGCGCGACGAGGAGCUGUUUGAGACGUUCUCCAUGUUUGCUGCCGCGUCGCUGCGCAACUGCCGCAUCAACGAGACGCUGCUGGCGGAGAAGAAGAAGGGCGACGCGAUCCUGGACGUUGUGACGGUGCUGUCGAACACGGACAUCCGCGACGUGAACAGCAUUGUGCGGCACGUGCUGCACGGUGCGAAGAAGCUGCUGAACGCGGAUCGGUCUUCGAUGUUUCUGCUGGAUAAGGAGCGCAACGAGCUAUACAGCAAGAUGGCCGACAGCACGAACGAGAUCCGAUUUCCGUGCGGGCAAGGCAUUGCCGGCACUGUUGCCGAGUCCGGCGUUGGUGAGAACAUCAUGGAUGCGUACGCCGACUCGCGCUUCAACAGCGCUGUGGACCGGCAGCUGGGCUACCGUACUCAGUCCAUUCUGUGCGAGCCAAUCAUGCUGAAUGGCGAGGUGCUUGCCGUGGUGCAGCUCGUUAACAAGCUCAACGACGAUGGUAGUGUGUCCUGCUUCACAUCCGUGGAUCGGGAAACGUUCCAGGUGUUCUCACUGUUUGCCGGUAUCUCGAUCAACAACAGCCAUCUACUGGAGUUCGCCGUGAACGCAGGCCGUGAGGCAAUGAACUUGGGCCUGCAUCGCAACAGCGUUUCAGCGCUUCGUGGUCUAAAGGGAGUGAAUGUGAUUGAAGUGACGCCGGAGGAGCGUGAGGCGGUGAUGUCGAUCGACUUCGGGAGUGCAUAUGACUUCGCUUCGCCGAACUUCAACCUGUUUGAAGUGCGCGAGAGGUGCAGCGAGCCAAUGGAUGCGGCUGCCGGUGUUGCGUACAAUCUGCUGUGGAACACUGGCCUGCCGGAGAAGUUUGGCUGCCGUGAGCAGACGCUGCUGAACUUCAUCCUGCAGUGCCGCCGUAGGUACCGUCGUGUGCCGUACCACAACUUCUACCACGUCGUGGAUGUGUGCCAGACGCUGCACACAUACCUGUACAUUGGCAAGGCGUCGGAGUUCCUGAUGGAGCUGGAUUGCUACGUGCUGCUCAUAACUGCACUGGUGCACGACCUCGACCACAUGGGUGUGAACAACAGCUUCUACCUGAAGACGGACUCGCCGCUGGGUAUUCUGUCCAGCGCGAGCGGGAACAACUCCGUGCUGGAGGUGCAUCACUGCAGCCUCGCCAUCGAAAUACUGUCCGACCCCACCGCGGACGUGUUCGAGGGGCUGGGCGGGGACGACGUCGCGUACGCGUACCGCUCCCUGAUUGACUGUGUGCUGGCCACUGAUAUGGCAAAGCACAGUGACGAGCUAAAGAGCUUCCUUGAGGUGGUGACGGGCGGGUUUGAUAUGGAGAAUGAGGCCCAUCGUCGCCUGGUGAUGCAGACGCUGAUUAAGGCCGGUGACGUGUCGAAUGUGACGAAGCCGUUUGAGACGUCGCGCAUGUGGGCGAUGGCUGUGACGGAGGAAUUCUACCGCCAGGGUGACAUGGAGAAAGAGAAGGGCGUGGAGGUGUUGCCGAUGUUUGACCGGUCGAAGAACACCGAGCUGGCACGUGGGCAGAUUGGCUUCAUCGACUUUGUAGCUGGCAAGUUCUUCCGGGACAUUGUGGGCAGCUUCUUUCAUGGAAUGCAGUGGUGUGUUGACACGGUAACCUCCAACCGUGCGAAGUGGCAAGAUAUCCUGGACGGCCGCCGCGUGUCGGCGGUAUCUGUAGGAGUUUAA